AGUCGGUUAGCGUAGCGGUAGCAGAGUCCAGACCGACCUACUACUCCCGCGUCCCCUUUGUGGCUGGCGGCGGCGGGGUGAAGCACCACCGACGCGGCUCGUGUCCGCCGUCCGGCCAGGCCAUGGCGAGCGAGGCCCAGCUCAAGACGCGGGUCUCCGAUCGGCUGAUGGCGCUGCUGGGCUGCUCAACGGGCACGGCGGUGCAGGUCGUGAUCCGCCUCGCACGGGAAAGCGCCUCGGCGACCGUCCUCGCGUCGCGGCUCGUCGAUCUCGUCGGGUUCCCCUCCUCCGCCGACACCGUCGCGUUCGCGGAGGACGUGUGCGGAAUGAUUCCGCGCAACGCCGCCGCCGGAGGAGUCGGGGCCAGCGAAUACCAGAAGCAGAUUCAGGAGGCGACGGCGCUGGCCAAAAACCAGAGCACCUUCAAGCUGCCCGACGACGACGACGACGACCAUGAAGAUGCAAUCGUCACCGCGCCGUCCUCUAACACCGGAAAAAAACGUUUCAGGAGGAAGGCCGGGAACCAAGGGGGUGAGGAGGAUGACGAGACAACGCACGAUUUGGGGCGGAAAGUGCGAGCGCGGCCUGAUCCGGAGGAAUGUGGUGGUGGUGGUUCUGAUGGGGAAGAGGAGAUGGUUCGGGAUCAGAUCGAGAGGGCUAAUCUCGAACGGCACAUCCGGGAACGCGACGCAGCGAGCACUAGGAAAUUGAUGGAUCGGAAGCCAACCAAAGGGGAACAGGACGAACUCGCCCGCCGAUCCGAAGCAAUGGCAAGGGACGACACCUCGGAGCUCAGGAGGUUCUCGCGGCACGCGUACCUGCAGAAGCGUAAGGAGAAGAAGCUCGACGAGGCACUGGACGAGAUCAUCGACCACGAGUACAUCUUCCAGGGCGUCAAGCUGACGGACUCCGAGGAGAGAGAUUUCAGGCGGAAGAAGGAAAUUUACAAGCUCGUCACCGAUCGCGUCGGGAAGGACGAGGAUGCCGGCGACUGCUACAGGAUGCCCGAGGCCUACGACGCUGUCGCAAAUGUCGAUCAGGAGAAGCGGUGGGCCGCGGCGAGGCGGCGGUACGAAGACCCUGCAGAGGCGAGAGAGGGCAAGAGGAGCAGCUUGUCAGAGCAGGAGGCCUGGGAAGAGCAGCAGAUCAGGAAAUCCCGGCUACAGUUCGGAUCAAGCGAUCAUGGACAGCGGGACGACGGCUACGAGCUCGUCCUGGACGACAGGGUUGACUUCGUCAAAUCGACGGCGCUGUCGCCGGACGACGAGAUGGAAGAAUUGGCCGAGGCCAUUGAUGCAAAGGUGACAUUGCAGAGGGAGCUCCAAGACGAGAGGAAGAAUUUGCCCGUGUACAAGCUCAAGGAUGAUCUUCUCAAAGCCAUCGAAGAGCACCAGGUGCUGAUCAUAGUCGGAGAGACCGGGUCCGGCAAGACCACGCAGAUUCCUCAGUACCUCCACGAGGCCGGGUACACGGCGCAGGGGAAGAAGAUCGCGUGCACGCAGCCGCGGCGCGUGGCGGCCAUGAGCGUGGCGGCGAGGGUGGCGCAGGAGAUGGGCGUGAAGCUCGGGCACGAGGUCGGCUACUCCAUCAGGUUCGAGGACUGCACCUCGGACAAGACGGUGGUCAAGUACAUGACCGACGGGAUGCUCCUGCGGGAGUUCCUCGGCGAGCCGGACCUGGCGAGCUACAGCGUGGUGAUCGUGGACGAGGCGCACGAGCGCACGCUGUCCACGGACAUCCUCUUCGGCCUCGUCAAGGACAUCGCGCGCUUCCGGCCGGACAUGAAGCUGCUCAUCUCCAGCGCCACGCUCAACGCCAGCAAGUUCAGCGACUUCUUCGACCUGGCCCCGAUCUUCAAGAUCCCCGGGAGGCGGUACAAAGUAGACGUCCACUACACAAAGGCGCCGGAGGCGGACUACGUGGACGCGGCCGUCGUCACGGUCCUGCAGCUGCACGUCAGGCAGCCCGCCGGCGACAUCCUGCUGUUCCUCACGGGGCAGGAGGAGAUAGAGACGGUGGAAGAGAUCCUGAAACAGAGGAUGAAGGCUCUUGGCAGUAAAAUGGCGGAACUGGUGAUAUGCCCGAUCUACGCGAACCUGCCGACGGAGCUCCAGGCCAAGAUUUUCCUGCCGGCGCCGGCGGGCGCGCGCAAGGUGGUCCUGGCCACCAACAUCGCCGAGACGUCGCUGACCAUCGAUGGGAUCAAGUACGUGGUCGACCCUGGGUUCUGCAAGGUCAAGUCGUACAACCCGCGCACGGGCAUGGAGUCGCUGCUGGUGGCGCCCAUCUCCAAGGCGUCGGCGGACCAGCGCGCCGGCCGUUCGGGCCGCACCGGCCCGGGCAAGUGCUUCCGCCUCUUCACGGAGUACAACUUCAGGAACGACCUGGAGGACGACACAGUCCCGGAGAUCCAGAGGAGCAACCUGGCAAACGUCGUGCUCAGGCUCAAGGCGCUGGGCAUCAACGACCUGGUGAGCUUCGACUUCAUGGACCCUCCAGCGUCGGAGUCGCUGCUCAAGGCCCUGGAGGAGCUCUACGCGCUCGGCGCGCUCAACGGCCGCGGCGAGCUCACCAAGACCGGGAGGAGGAUGGCGGAAUUCCCCUUGGACCCCAUGCUCUCUAAGGCCAUCGUCGCGUCGGAGAAGUACAGGUGCUCCGAGGAGGUGAUCACCAUUGCGGCCAUGCUAUCGGCCGGGCCCGGGAGCGCUGUCUUCUACCGGCCCAAGGACAAGCAGGUGCACGCCGACGCCGCGCGGCAGGCAUUCCACGCCGGCGACGUUGGCGACCACGUGGCGCUGCUCAACGUGUACAACGCGUGGAAGGAGUCGGGAUACUCGCCGCAGUGGUGCCGCGAGAGCUUCGUGCAGUCGCGCACCAUGAAGCGCGCGCGGGACGUGCGAGACCAGCUGGAGGCGCUGCUCGAGCGGGUGGAGAUCGAGCCCUGCUCCGGCGCCGGCGACCCCAACGCGAUCAGGAAGGCGAUUACGGCGGGGUACUUCCGCAACGCGGCGCGGCUGCAAAAGGACGGGUCUUAUCGUGCCGUUAAGAGCCGGCAGACGGUGUUCGUGCACCCCAGCUCCGGGAUGGAGCAGGUACUCCCGCGGUGGAUUGUGUACCACGAACUGGUGCAAACCUCGAAGGAAUACAUGCGGCAGGUGACGGAGCUCAAGCCGGAGUGGCUGCUGGAGAUCGCGCCGCACUACUACCAGUGCAAGGACAUCGACGAACACGAGCAGAAGAAGAAAUUAGCCAAGGGAACCACGUAGAAGCUGAGUUUGAAUCAGAAUGGCCUCUUCAGUGUGUAAAUUGUGAAAUCAUAAAUUGUACUCUUGUCAGGUUUCGUGGCAGCUGCUUUCUGUGAACAAGGAUAUCACACACCCAAACAGCUGCAACCGUCCAGAAAACAUUACUUCGAUUAAAACAUACAUGCAUUGUUUUUUUGCUGGAACAUUCAACAUAACCCAAAUCCAUUCAAAGGUAAAUCCGGCAAAAUAUGUAAAAUUUGAAACAUAACAUUCGAUAUACCAUUUUCAACUUUUCAUGAACUAAAUCCUA